GGGACUCGUCUUGCCGGCGGAGCUUCGGGUUUUGACUUUUUUGGACUCUCAACGAAGCUUCUGCUUCUGUUCAUUUUUCCUUCCAAAUCUGCCUUCUUCUUAUUUCAGGUUUCUUUUGUCCUUAAUUUUGCUCACUAUAAUGGGUUGUGCCGGAUCGUCGCAGGCCAAAGGCGACGGGCCUGUGAAAAAAAUUCGGAAGCCUAAAGCUUGGAAGCAUCCCCAGCCAAUAACGAAGACAGAGCUUGUGCAGAUGCGUGAUGAAUUUUGGGAUACUGCACCUCACUAUGGUGGCAGAAAAGAGAUCUGGGAUGCCCUUAGAGCUGCUGCUGAAGCUGAUCUAACGCUGGCACAAGCAAUUGUGGAUAGUGCAGGGGUCAUUGUACAGAGUGCCGAUUUAACAAUUUGUUAUGAUGAGAGAGGUGCAAAAUACGAAUUGCCCAAGUAUGUUUUGAGCGAGCCAACCAACUUGAUUUGAGAAGUAAGUAGUACCGGAGAGGUGAGGAGUUGUGUGUUUUGUGUUGGAAAAUUGAUUGUAAAUCAUGUAUAUUACAAUAUUACUCCCUUUCAAAUGUUUAUUACAGUCUGUGAUUAUGAAGAUUUUCCACAUUGAUCAAUUGGACUUGCACCAACUUGCUGUAAGUUUGAUUUGAUCAAAUGAAAUCAAUGAAAUAUCUAUUUGGAAUUGA